GGCCUGGCUCCCGGACAGAACUGCUCUGCUAUGGCCGUCUUCUGGACGGAGGGAGGGAGGGAGGUUGAGAGAAAAGCAGGGGGGGCAGCAACGGAAACAAAACUAAAAUAAUCGUACUGUAGAAGCCGAGCGCAGGAGAUCCAACAACGAAACUCCCCUUCGUUCCUUCCUCGUGUUCUUCUCCCUCCUGCCGCCGCGGCCCGCUCCGCUCCCGAGCCCCGUUGCACCUCCACCCGCCGCUUCCGUCCCGUCUCCUGCCACCUUCCUCUCACCGCAAUCGAGUCGCUGCGCCUCCUCCCGCCCGCCACCUCCCGCAGCCGCAGCAGGACGAGCUCGUCGCCGCCGUGUACUAGAAGAACGGGAGGUCGCUGUCGGUCUCCCGCACAAUCCUGAUUCCUGGACCUGCGCCGCGUGGUUUCGCCUCAGGUUGGAGUGUCUCGAUUUGUCAGGAUAGCUUGUAUAACUGAAGCUUUCCUUUGUAUGAUGAUGGGGGCAUGCCAUGGAUCACAAGUGAGGGGGCUAGGGUUUAGUAUGUGGUAGUAGCUCCUGCUUCAGCAAAAGAAGCAAGGAUCACUACUUUUGCUGUUUGUUCCGUGGAGGAUCUGAAUCCUAUCGGCAUUGAUUCGGGUGGCGUCAGCUGUUCUGGGUGGGGUAGUAUGAUGAAACAGAUAUUUGGACGGCGCAAGGCGUCCAAAACUGCAGGCAAGGAGUGUGGCGGGAGGACGUUCAACCAGCUGCUGUCAGGUUCUGGAUUUGCUGACCUGAGUGGCCAGCUGCCAAUUCUGUCUAGUACUGGGGACAUCUAUGGGAAUGGAAACCGUACGGGGUUCCAAGACUCGAGGAUAAAUGAUACUUUGUUCUCUUCCAACUUCCGACUGUUGCCGAGCUUUAAGGAUGUGCCAAAUACAGAGAAACAGAAUCUGCUCAUCAAAAAGUUGAACAUGUGCUGCACUCUGUUUGACUUUGAGGAUGCGGCAAAGAACAUAAAGGAGAAGGAGAUAAAGACGCUAAUGUUGUUGGAGAUAGAUGAAUAUGUUAGGACUGCUAACGCGAAGUUCCCUGAGAUCAUUGUGGAGGCAAUCACAAAAAUGAUUUCAGUGAACUUGUUCAGGACACUAAUUUCCCCACCCAGGGAGAAGAAGGUGCUUCAAGCUUUUGAUCUAGAAGAGGAUGAACCAUUGAUGGACCCUGCGUGGCCACACUUGUACCAUGUGUAUGAGUUGCUCUUGACAUUUGUUCAGUCUCCAGAAAAUGAUGCUAAACUGGCUAAGAAGUAUAUUGACCAUUCCUUUAUUCUAAGGCUGCUUGAGCUCUUUGACUCUGAGGAUGCUAGGGAGAGGGAUCGCCUUAAGACGGUACUUCACCGUAUCUAUGGGAAGUUCAUGGUGUACCGGCCAUUUAUCCGGAAAGCUAUAAAUAACAUAUUCUACCAGUUCAUAUAUGAAACUGAAAAGCACAAUGGAAUUGCAGAGCUCUUGGAGAUUUUUGGAAGUAUUAUCAACGGGUUUGCUUUGCCACUCAAGGAAGAGCACAAACUGUUCCUUGGAAGGACCUUAAUUCCACUUCACAAGCCAAGGUGUACUUCAAUGUACCAUCGGCAGUUGUCUUACUGCAUUACACAGUUUGUUGAAAAAGAUUGCAAACUUGCGGAUACUGUUAUUAGGGGCCUCAUAAAAUAUUGGCCUAUCACCAACAGCACAAAGGAGGUGCUGUUCUUGGGUGAGCUGGAAGAGGUACUAGAUGCAACACAGCCUGCUGAAUUUCAAAAAUGUAUGGUUCCUCUUUCCCACCAGAUCGCUCACUGCUUGAACAGCUCUCACUUCCAGGUUGCUGAGAGAGUAUUAUUUUUCUGGAACAAUAUUCACUUCGAGAAUUUCGUUAAGCAAAACAGUAAGGUGAUCCUGCCUAUCAUCCUCCCUGCAUUGGAGAAAAAUAUAAAUGGGCACUGGAAUCAAGUCGUGCAAAGCCUCAGUCUGAAUGUCCGAAAGUUACUCUCCGAUCGUGACCCUCAAAUGUUUACUGAAUGCUUGCGAAAAUACGAGGAAGACAAGGGCAGGGAGAAGGAAUUUAAACUGAAGCAAGAGUUGGCAUGGAAACGUCUGGAUGAGAUUGCAUCAGCAAAAGUCACAAGUGGUGAGGCUGUCCUUGUGUCUCCAACCUUGCCUCGUCAACCUUCAUUCUUGUAGCAACCUGCACUGAAUGAGUGGUCCUUGCAGAGUCGUUAGACAUUGUACAGGAUUGGGUUGUAGAUAAAAGGGGGUAUAUGAAGCCUUCAAGGCUGGUGAGCGAAAUUGAAGAAAGAGAUCUGAGAAGCCAAUUGUGCAUCAUUUCUGUAAAUCCCAUGCCAUGGCUUCUUUUGGCAUUCUGGUGGUUCAGUCUGCUUCUGUAGUCCGUUGUUUGGGACAAUGUAUUUUUUUUCUUGUAAUGGAAAAUGUUGAGAUGUCCUGCAGGCGGCUUAAAUGAUAAAAGUUAUUAAUUUUCAUCA